GGUUCGCGGUGAUGGCGAUGGCGGCGGCCCCGGCCCUGAAGCACUGGCGCACGACGCUAGAGCGGGUGGAGAAGUUCCUGUCGCCGAUCUACUUCACCGACUCCCGCGGCAGGCUCUUCGGGGACAGCUGCCCGGUGGCCGCGCUCUCCAGCUUCCUCACGCCCGAGAGACUCUCCUAUCAGGAGGCAGUCCGGCAGGACUUCAGCCCCGCGCGGGUCGGCGACAGCUUUGGGCCCACGUGGUGGACCUGCUGGUUUCGGGUGGAGCUGACUCUCCCCGAGGCAUGGGUGGGCCAGGAAGUUCACCUCUGCUGGGAAAGCGAUGGAGAAGGCCUGGUGUGGCGUGAUGGGGAGCCUGUCCAGGGUUUGACCAAAGAGGGUGAGAAGACCAGCUACGUCCUGACUGACAGGCUGGGGGAAGGGGACCCUCGGAGCCUGACCCUCUACGUGGAAGUGGCCUGCAAUGGGCUCCUGGGGGCCGGGAAGGGGAACAUGAUCGCCGCCCCGGACCCUGAGAAGAUGUUCCGGCUGAGCCGGGCUGAGCUGGCCAUCUUCCACCAGGAUGUCCACAAGCUCCUGGUGGAUCUGGAGCUGCUGCUGGGCGUGGCCAAGGGCCUCGGGCAGGACAACCAGCGCAGCUUCCAGGCCCUGUACACAGCCAACCAGAUGGUGAACGUGUGCGAUCCUGCCCGGCCUGAGACCUUCCCAGCGGCCCGGGCCCUGGCCUCCAGGUUCUUUGGCCAACGUGGCGGGGAAAGCCAACACACCAUCCAUGCCAUGGGGCACUGCCACAUUGAUACAGCUUGGCUUUGGCCGUUCAAGGAGACCGUGCGGAAGUGUGCCCGGAGCUGGGUGACAGCCGUGCAGCUCAUGGAGCGGAACCCCGAGUUCAUCUUCACGUGCUCCCAGGCGCAGCAGCUCGAGUGGGUGAAGAGCCACUACCCGGGCCUGCACUCGCGGCUCCAGGAGUUUGCCUGCCGUGGGCAGUUCGUGCCCGUGGGGGGCACCUGGGUGGAGAUGGAUGGGAACCUCCCCAGUGGAGAGGCCAUGGUGAGACAGUUCCUGCAGGGUCAGAACUUCUUCCUGCAGGAGUUUGGGAAGAUGUGUUCUGAGUUCUGGCUGCCGGACACGUUUGGCUACUCAGCGCAGCUCCCCCAGAUCAUGCGGGGCUGUGGCAUCGAGCGCUUCCUGACCCAGAAACUGAGCUGGAACCUGGUGAACUCCUUCCCGCACCAUACUUUUUUCUGGGAGGGGCUGGACGGUUCCCGAGUGCUGGCCCACUUCCCACCUGGAGACUCAUAUGGGAUGAAGGGCAACGUGGAGGAGGUGCUGAAGACCGUGACCAACAACCGGGACAAGGGGCGGGCCAACCACAGUGCUUUCCUCUUCGGCUUCGGGGACGGUGGUGGCGGCCCCACCCAGACCAUGCUGGACCGCUUGAAGCGCCUGGGCAAUACCGAUGGGCUGCCCAGGGUGCAGCUGUCUUCUCCGGAGCAGCUCUUCUCGGCGCUGGAGGGCGACUCGGGCCAGCUGUGCACAUGGGUCGGGGAGCUCUUCCUGGAGCUGCACAAUGCCACCUACACCACCCACGCCCAGCUCAAGAAGGGGAACCGCGAGUGUGAGCGGAUCCUGCACGACGCAGAGCUGCUCAGCAGCCUGGCCCUGGCCCGCAGUGCCCAGUUCCUGUACCCGGCAGCCCAGCUGGAGCACCUCUGGAGGCUCCUGCUCCUGAACCAGUUCCAUGACGUGGUGCCUGGGAGCUGCAUCCAGCUGGUGGCCGAGGAUGCCAUGAGGCACUACAAAGACAUCCGCUCCCACGGCCACACACUGCUCAGUGCGGCGGCCGCAGCCCUGUGUGCCGGAGAGCCGGGUCCCGAGGGCCUCCUCCUCGUCAACACGCUGCCCUGGGAGCGCACCGAAGUGCUGGCCCUGCCGAAGCCUGGUGGCGCCCACAGCCUAGCCCUAGUGACAGUGCCCAGCAUGGGCUAUGCCCCUGCGCCUGUCUCCCUGCAGCCCCUGCCUCCUCAUCAGCCUGUGUUCGUCGUGCAGGAGAGCGACGGUUCCGUGACUCUGGACAACGGCAUCAUCCGGGUGAGGCUGGAUCCGACCGGCCGCCUGACAUCCCUGGUCCUCGUGGCUUCCGGCAGGGAGGCCAUCGCCGAGGGAGCCGUGGGGAACCAGUUCGUGUUGUUCGACGAUGUCCCCUUAUACUGGGACGCAUGGGACGUCAUGGACUACCACCUGGAGACACGGAAGCCCGUGCUGGGCCAGGCUGGGACCCUGGCCGUGGGCACUGAGGGCGGCCUGAGUGGCAGCGCCUGGUUCCUGCUGCAGAUCAGCCCCAACAGCCGGCUCAGCCAGGAGGUCGUGCUGGACGUGGGCUGCCCCUAUGUCCGCUUCCACACUGAGGUACACUGGCAUGAGGCCCACAAGUUCCUGAAGGUGGAGUUCCCUGCUCGUGUGCGGAGCCCCCAGGCCACCUAUGAGAUCCAGUUCGGGCACCUGCAGCGGCCCACCCACUUCAACACCUCGUGGGACUGGGCUCGGUUCGAGGUGUGGACCCACCGCUGGAUGGACCUGUCGGAGCACGGCUUCGGGCUGGCCCUGCUCAACGACAGCAAGUACGGCGCUUCAGUGCAAGGAAACACCCUCAGCCUCUCGCUCUUGCGGGCACCUAAGGCCCCCGAUGCCACUGCUGACAUGGGGCGCCAUGAGUUCACCUACGCACUGAUGCCGCACAAGGGCUGCUUCCAGGAUGCUGGUGUCAUCCGCGCUGCCUACGGCCUCAACUUCCCCCUGUUGGCGCUGCCAGUCCCAGGCCCGGCGCCGGCCCCCACCUGGAGCGCCUUCUCCCUGUCCUCACCCGCAGUGGUGCUGGAGACCGUCAAGCAGGCGGAGAACAGCCCGCAGGGCCGCGCGCUGGUGCUGCGGCUGUACGAGGCCCACGGUGGCCACGUGGACUGCUGGCUGCACACGUCGCUGCCGGUCCAAGAGGCCAUCCUCUGCGACCUCCUGGAGCGGAGAGACCCUGCCGGCCACCUUGCUGCAGGACGCCCGCCUGAAGCUCACCUUUUCUCCCUUCCAAGUGCGGUCCCUGAUGCUGGUGCUUCAACCUCCCCCAAACUGAGUCCCCGGGCGGGGUUUGGUGGAAGGAUUUGGGACCGGGUAUUUCAGCCUCCCCAGCCUGAAGCAGGUGACCUCAUGUACAAUAAAUCCUUGGAUCAGGAACCUUGCUACCAGCCCCCAACCCCCUCCUUGGGCCCAUCUUGGGGGGCAGGGGACUGACAGCUAAGGUUACUUGUGUGUGAUGGUCUAGGCUGCAGCCCCCAUGAGAGACUGGGGGCCCAACCACAGGCUGAGGCCCCCACCAUGAGAUUUUGGAAGUCCUUCCCCUAGGCCAGGGGGCAAGGGCCAGGGGCUGGGGGGCUGUGGAGGUGGGCUCCAGGGUCUCUGCAGCACCUCUGCGGGCUGUUCCUGCAGGACGGGCUGUCCUCUGAGAGCCAGGGACCUGGGGCAGGGCCGGGGCUCAGCAGGCCUGGCAGGGCAGGUGGGCCUCCUGACAUGUCCAGCCUCGCCAUCUCAGACCCGCAGCCAGCCCAUGAGGUGCCCAGAAGUUCACCUUCACCCGUUUAUAAAAAUACAGCAUUUUAUAUGUGGGCUUAAAACGUGUGGGGUGGGGGGUGCACUUAAAACCAUCAUGGUGGUGCUGGGAGCUCGGAGAGGCCCCAGGGCAGAGCCUCGGAGCCAGACA